UUCUAAAUAGUGCACAUCACUACUCACUUGGCAAUAGACAAAUUAUAGAGUUUAUACUUUACAAUCGAGUGUUUUUUGUCUAUGACUUUCAUUGACGUUUCAUUUUGGGGGCGGGUAUCAUCUUAUGAAGAUUUUUUUAAUGAAAAUGAGAUUCACUCCUAUUUAUCGCUAAAACGAAUGUGAUCGAAGAUUAUUCAAGAAUUCAUGUUUAAAUUGAAACGCGGCAGCCCACAGCGACAAUGAUCGGGGGGCUGUUCGUGUACAACCACAAGGGCGAGGUGCUGAUCUCGCGCGUGUACCGCGACGACAUCGGCCGGAACGCGGUCGAUGCGUUCCGCGUGAACGUGAUACACGCGCGGCAGCAGGUGCGCUCGCCCGUCACCAAUAUAGCGCGCACCUCGUUCUUCCAUAUCAAGCGAGCAAACAUAUGGCUCGCAGCGGUGACCAAGCAGAACGUGAAUGCUGCGAUGGUGUUCGAGUUCCUGCUGAAGAUCAUCGACGUGAUGCAGUCGUACUUCGGCAAGAUCUCCGAGGAGAACAUCAAGAACAACUUCGUGCUUAUCUAUGAGCUGCUUGAUGAGAUCCUCGACUUUGGAUACCCACAGAACUCGGACACUGGUGUGCUGAAGACGUUCAUCACUCAGCAAGGCAUCAAGUCUGCCUCCAAGGAGGAGCAGGCCCAGAUCACUUCACAGGUGACAGGGCAGAUUGGAUGGCGACGCGAAGGCAUUAAGUACAGGCGAAACGAGCUGUUCCUCGAUGUGCUGGAGUAUGUCAACUUGCUGAUGUCGCCUCAAGGUCAAGUGCUGUCCGCCCACGUUGCUGGCAAAGUCGUGAUGAAGUCGUACCUGUCUGGCAUGCCAGAGUGCAAGUUUGGCAUCAACGAUAAAAUCGUCAUGGAAGCGAAGGGUAAAGGCAAUGGUGGUAUCUCGGGCAACACGGACAGCGACCCGGCGCGCUCCGGCAAGCCGGUGGUGGUGAUUGAUGACUGCCAGUUCCACCAGUGCGUCAAGCUGAGCAAAUUCGAGACAGAACACUCCAUCUCGUUCAUACCGCCUGACGGAGAGUUUGAGCUCAUGAGAUACCGCACAACCAAGGACAUAUCCCUGCCCUUCCGCGUGAUCCCGCUGGUGCGCGAGGUGGGCCGCACCAAGAUGGAAGUGAAGGUGGUCCUCAAGAGCAACUUCAAGCCAUCACUGCUGGGCCAAAAGAUAGAGGUCAAGAUCCCGACGCCGCUCAACACUAGCGGUGUGCAGUUAAUCUGUCUUAAGGGCAAGGCUAAAUACAAAGCUUCUGAGAACGCUAUUGUGUGGAAGAUCAAGCGCAUGGCUGGCAUGAAGGAGACGCAGCUGUCCGCCGAGAUCGAGCUGCUGGAGACGGACACGAAGAAGAAGUGGACUCGUCCGCCCAUCUCCAUGGGAUUCGAGGUGCCCUUCGCUCCUUCUGGCUUCAAGGUGCGUUACCUGAAAGUGUUCGAGCCCAAACUGAACUACUCGGACCACGAUGUGAUCAAAUGGGUGCGCUACAUCGGACGCUCCGGACUGUACGAGACCAGAUGCUAAGCCAAAAAGGAUUGAACGAUUGGCCUUCGAAACGACACACGGUGUUAUGGCGCGUUACAUUAUAUAAUUACAUGUUGUAUAUAAUUUCAUAACAGCUGUCGGCUCAUGUUUUAUUUUUUUAUUCAUAAAGAUUUAUUUUUCUGCUUAGUUAUGUAUGCGGGUACAUAUACGGAGUUAAUUUAAUAUUCUCUUAUAUAUUCAAUUUAAGAUGUAUUUAUUUAAAAUGAUAUUGUCGGUUACAAAUCUACACUUGAGGCCAAAAGUUUUGGCAACUAUUGUAAUAUAUUGGACCAUGGGCAUACAAUCCCUGAGUCAUUGAACGCUUCAAAAGCCAUUCGAAAGUGAGACCACUAACUAAAUGCUUGAGAUUGGCUUUUCAUUCAGCUUAUAAUGUACGAAGAAUUAAAUUAACAGGAAAAUAAACGACAUCAUCGAAUCUCAUUAUUAUUUUAUACAUGAUUAUAUUUCAAAUUACGACUUUUCAUAGCAAAUGUCUUCUUUAUUUAGUAUAUGUGGUAGUUGAAACGUACAAUCCCAUUAGAUAUUUGGAAUUCAAUCGGUUUGCGUCCUAAUCAAAACCAUUCCUUUAGUUUUAUAACCCUGGUUUCAAACGCUAUUGUUCUUCGGCACAGUAUAUAAUGCCUUACUAAUAAAUGUUUUUAAUCAAUGUUUAACUAAUCGAUUCUAUAUUCCACGCGUUAAAUAAUUUGAAAGUCAGAGACAAAUUUCUGAUUAAAAAUGUCUAUUUGUAAGGCUCAUAGUAUAUAAUUACUCUAUAGAAUUAAUUAUAAUAAGCUUAGCUGACGAAGGAUUAGGCAUAAAUUACUUUUAAAUGUAUACGAACAUAUAAAAAUACAUGUAAUAUUCUUUAUAAGUAAUUUGUGGCUGCACCUUGAUAGAUAAUAACGUUCAUAGUAAAAUUUAAAAUGUUGGUAAUCGUUUUGAAUGUAACAUUUGCGUGCAAUAAAAUUGGACACAAUUAAUUGUUCAAUAAAGAUAUAAGAAAUACCAGUAUUAAUACCGAACAACGGUAUAAUUUAUUGCUCAAUUAUGUUAUAUAGUAAAGUUUUGUAAAAAUAAAUUAAUUUUGAAUUAUUUUGUUAAUUUCAAUGUACUUUUGUGUAAAUUCAUUUUCGUUAUUAUUUUUUACAAGAUAAUUUUAUUAAUGAAUUAUUUCUUGGUGCCCAGUUUAGUUGCCCGCAAGUGUACUCCAUGUGUAUGAUGUUAGGGAAUGCUUAUAUUGUAUCGUGUUACAAAAAUGAUGUACAAUAAAUGGUAAAAAAAUA